AUGAAUUCACGACUGUUAGAAUUAACAAAGUUCAAUACAUCAAGGAAUGACUUGAAACAAGAGUUAUCUUAUCUGUUGAACUCUCGGUCCGGGACAAAACAGUUCACGGCGGCUUUGCGAAUACUCAACAGUAUCAAAGACAGGAAAAUGUUAAACAGAGAGAUUACUACAAUUGCAAAUGUGAUAUUUCUCAAAGAUGGCACAGAAAUAUAUAGUGAACAGUACAAAGAUUUUCUCAGAAGAAUGAAAAUGUGUGUGGGUUACUAUGAAAUACCUAGGCUUUUACAAAAUGAUCAAUACGAACAGGCAUCAUUAAUGGCGUUACAAGAAUUUGAAGAGCUUUCAAAGAAUAAGUAUUUGGAUAAAGGGAAGUUAGCUUAUUCUUUAAGUUUUUUUACUAUUUUGAAAGAGGCCAUCAAACGUAAUGAUACGGUAAUCAUUCUUCACUUACUCGAUGUACUAUCUAAGUACAAUUUGUGCACGGAACCAAACUAUUCUCACAUUUUAGCAGGUGCACUUGCUUCUAAAAAUAGUGCUAUACUAGUUAAGGUGUUUGAAAAUAUACUGAGUAUGGAAUUAACCGAUACAACUUGGGAAUGCUAUGCCGAUGCUAUGCUCUUGGCAGAUGAAAAAGAAAAAGUCUUGAUGGUGAUACCAAAAAUUCAGUCAACUGCUGUUAAAAAUGCUGUAUGUCUCAAACUAAUAUCAUCUUACGGGUUUGAACAAUGCAUGCUUAUUCUGGAAGGGUUGGUUAGUGAUAAAACUCUUGCAUUGCCCAAAAAUGAAGAUUUACCAACUGCUCUACUAUCUAUUCAAGAGCUUGACGUUUACGCUAACAUAGAUGAAAAAUUGCUCACACUCCAAAAGUUAGAGUUAGAAGAUGUGAAGAAGAUUGCUAUAUUUUCUAUCCUUUCAUCUAUAGACAAUGUAGACUGUCAUCCUGGAAGUACUGUGUUUUUUUUAAACGGAUUAGGUAUGGAUAGAUCAGUUUUGACCCAAACACACAAAGACAUUGUGUUCCAUCAGAUUUCCAAAUUUCCUUGCAAGCUGCUAGGAUUGAAAUUUUUAAGCUAUUUCAAAAAUUUGGGGUUACAACUUUCAGCUGAAAACUACUUACACCUUAUGAGAUGUCAAUGUUUUGGGAAAGAGUUUGAUACUUUGUUCUACGUUUUGGUUCGGGUGUUAGAAGACUUUGAAACAAUACCGUUGGGAAUAAAAUCCUUCUUGACUCAAAUGAAUGAACAAGUUCAUGACAGACGUUUACAGGAGCUCUUGCAGAAUGAUUCUUUCAUGUCAGUAGCUGAUAUUAAAACUCAAUUGAACUAUGACUUUUUAGAAAAGAAUAUAGAGGUUGAGCGAGAACGUCGGAAGGAAGAACAUGAAAUCAUUGACGGUUUCACAAAUUACGACUAUGAAGCGGAUAUGAAAUUGGUGGAUUUUUUAGAUUUAUAA